AUGCGCUCGCGGCGGUACGGCAUCAUCAUGGACCCGCCACCCCAGCUGUCGCGUAGUGCUGUUGACGAUCUCGGCAGCUCGAUCGCUGCGCCGCCUCCCGACGCCUUUGCGGUGCCUGUGACCCAGAGCAAGGGACAAACGUUCUUGGCUGCGAUGGACGAGCCUGGCGUGCUAGAGGACGACGGCGCAUGGACGGACUCGGAUCCGGAGACGGCGCCGGCCGUGCGCGACCUGCUUGAGGAGGACAAGAUGAGCCGUCGCUCCUUCCUAACCGAGAUGCAGGGCCGUGGCGAGCGCGCCUGGCUCGAGGAGCUCCAGGAAGAAUUCCCCAAUAUCCGGCGCGUGAUGGUGCCGACGGUCGACGAGGAGGAGGACGAGGAGGCGCCGCGCACGAUCCCGACGGCACCGCACGUGCGCACGGUGCUACAGGCCAUGAGUGCCGGGACAGAGCCGCCUAUGGACGAGCCGCUCAGUGAGAUCCCCGUGACGGCAGCGACCGCUGCGGCGAUGGAGCGCCUCGCCCACGAUGACGAAGAAACGGAGCCAGCGCCAGGGCCAAUGGAGCGCCGCAAAAAGACCCGCAGUAAGGCGGAGUACGACGUUGGACCCGACGGCGAGCUCGUACGGAAGAAGAAAAAGAAGAAGGAUACGACCCGGAAAAAGAAGAAACGGCGCGACGUGGAGCCGCCGUUGGAUCUGCGGCACGAGCCGCUCGCCGACCUGCCGCAGGGCCUGCCCAGCGUCGACGAGCCGGCCGAGUCGGAAUGGGGCGCGCCGAUGCCGUUCCUCGAUGCCGUGCCGCGCCCCGCCGACCGGGGGGUGCACGAGCCCGACGUCGUGCCGCCCACGCUGGCUGCGCCAGCGCCGCCCUCGCCGACGCGCUCGCUCGCCGUGACGGAGGCGCCCGCACAGCUGACGCCCGAGCAGAACCGGGCGCGUGUCCUUAACUACAAUGCGACGCGCAUCGCCGUCAACAUGUACGUGGUGUACUGGGGCAUGCUCGUCAUGCUGCGUCGACUCUGGCGGUGGGAGAACCCCUGGCUCACGGGCGGUACGGCACUGUUCUACGCCGUGGUGUGGUGGCGGGGCGACCUGUUGGCGGUCGGCUUCCUGCUCGCCGUGCUGUACGUCGCGACCUUCCGCCUGUGGCUGACCGCCCCGGCGGCCGAUGAGUCGCGGGAACCGGCGCCGCCAUCGGCCUUGCUGCGCCAUGGCGUGUCGCUCGGCCUCGUCACCACGACGCCAUCGCGCGAGAUGCUGCAGCAGGUCAGUGACCAGGUGCUUGUGGUGACACAUGGCCUCGCGGACGUGCAGGAGCGCAUGAAGAACCUGCUCCUCUGGCGCAGUCCGAUGGUCACGCUGCGCUACCUCGGGUGGCUCUUGCUGCUCAGUCUGCUCAGCAUGCAGGCGACGUCGUGGAUGCUCCUGCGCGUGCCGGGCGCACUGCUCUUCUUACUCGUGUUCGUUCUGGCGCCGCUGAUUGAGUACGGGCACUGGUACAAGCUCGUCGAGCUGCUGUGCGAUGUGACGGGCGCUGAACGCCCGCGCCACGAUGCACCGUACGCGACGACGCGCUCAAUGCUCGACAACGUGCUGGCGGGCGUGCCGACCGACGAGGAGUUCCUGCAGGAAAAGCUCCAGCGCACGCACUGGGAGGCCGAGCGCGAGCUUCGCCGCCGUGGGCAGUGGAUCGAGCCGCUGAACCGCAUCGUCGAGGAAAUGGAUGUGCACCGUGCGAACCUGUCCGGGUGGGCGCCCCAGGGACCGCACACAGCGCAGCGGCAAGACGAGUCACACGGCUCGCCCCGGCACACCGAGGGCGCGGGCAUAUGGGCCGAGUCGACGCCGCUCCAUUCGUCGGUGCGUGCCCCGUCGGCGGAGCCACCGGCCGUGCCGCCGCCCCAGGCGCCGGCUAUGCCUGUGCACGAGCCGCUGGCCGACGACACGCACAGCGUGUCGGACUAUGGCACGCAGGCGGAGUCGAUGUGGGAGGUGCCUGAGGAGCCAGCGCCAGCGGCACCUGAGCCAGCGGUGAUGCUGAGCCCGGGCCUGCCCUGGUCGACGGUGCUGCCGACCACGACCCCGGCCGCGGCCGCGUCGGAGACGGGCGCGGCACCGCUCUCGCCUGAGCCCCUGCUGACGCCUGCGCCGCCGAUCACGUCGCUCUCGCCACUGCAGCCGGCCGAGCUUGAGCCCAGGGCGGACGGCCCGUUCACGCCGCCAGCGCCGCUCGGCGUGCCCGCAGCAGCUGCCACGUCGGUGGCGCCGGACAUGCUAACGACCCCCGCGUCGGCGCACUCCGCCCUGAGGCGGGAGGUAGCGCAGCCAGACCUCGACGCGGACGCACGGCCCGAGCCUGCGGUGGCGCCGACGUCGCCGCCUUGGGAGCCGAGCCCACGCAGGAAGACGGAGCAGCCGCUGACGCCGGCGCUCCAUGCGUCCGAGCCGGUCGAUGGCGUGUACCUGGCCGUGCACCGCAGGCGUCUCGGGCAUCUGCUCGUGCUACCUACGCGCGUGGCCUUUCUGCUAUCGUACUCGCCGCGGCGGCCCGAGUCGGUGCCGGGCCUGACGGCAUCGCAGGUCCUCUCGCUCAGCCGCACGGUCGACGGGCAUGCGUGGGCGGGGCCGCGCGUCCCUGGUCCCAGCGAGCGGAACGCCGCGGCCCAACCAGGUGCUCUUCGACGUGCCGAUCGCCCAGGUGACGGGCCUCAAGAAGCUCCGCAAGACGCUGCCGCUCCUCGACGAGUGCCACGAGGGCCUCGAGCUCGUGCUGGCCUCGGGGCCAGGCCUUAG